AUGCUGGCGCGAGCUCUUGGGGAGAUGAAGGCUACUUUGGAAGAAUUAAAGAAAGACACCGAAGCCGAAGAACUACGGACGGGAAUGAUUGGACGCGGCCUAGAAAAUGGAGAAGCCGAGCGCAUAGCACAUAAACAACUUCAUCGAGAACCACUCUCCAGUCCCGGAUAUACCGGGAUGAUCGGAUCGGCUUUGGAUCGGAUACAGGCUAAUGAGCUUAGAGAGAAGCAGCUGAAAGAACGGCCAGGAAUGAUUGGCAAAAUGUUAGGCGUCGAAGAUUUAGUUGUUGACGAAAAUGUUGAUAAGCAGGAGCGCGAGCCACGGACGCCUCUCCAAAAGAUGAAAAUAGAUUCAUUUGAUGGAACGAUACAACGGUUGGGAUCUCCUCCAUCUGAUCCACAACCAUCCGGGAAACACGAUGGCGGCUUGAAAAGGGAUUUACCAAGAGGAUUAUUUAGAGUGAAAAUGCCUUCACGCGAAAGUACAGCAAGUAGUGAUGGCGGAGAGCGAAGACCGGCCGACAAUCCAAUGGAUAUGAAUGCUGAGGAUCUGCUACAGGCCGAUAUUCAAACACGGCUACUGUAUUUGGCGAAGCACAGCGAGUGGGACGCGGUGGAGAAGGAAUUGGUUAAUAUUAAUCGGGCUGAUUUUGCCACUUCGGAUCAGAAUGGCUUUACCGUACCGUUGCUAGCCGCAAAAGAUGGGAAAAUAGCGACUUUUGAGGGGUUGUUGAAGAAAGGAGCUGAUAUUAAUGCGACGACAAAGGAUCGCCGUAACGCAGCUCACAUUGCUGCCAUGUACAGUUCAUGGCAAAUGCUUGAUGCAGUCAUCAAAUGCAAUCGGGACCUCCUCAAAAGACCGGCCGGCAGCAAAAACCAGCUGCCAAUCCAUGUGGCCAGUGAGAGGAGAUCGAGGAAAGCGGUCCCAGUUGUCAAGCGGAUUUUGGAUGAAAUGGAUUUGACAAUGGAGCCAGAUGGGGAGGAUAGUUUGCCGAUACAUUUGGCAUUAAAGCUUGGAAAUACUGCGGUGGCUGAUCUGCUUCUACAACGCCAUCGCUCGCAACAAGCAGCUGCGUCGGCCCAACGCGGCGACCUCCAACUCCUCAAAAUCAUGUACAAACUGAAAGCGGACGCAAAUAUACAUGACAAGGAUGACCGUACCCCAGUUCACGUGGCCGCUGAAAAGGGGCAUACCCAAUGUGUCGAGUCGCUGAUUGAUAAAUUUGGAGGGUCGAUUCGGGCCAGGACUAAGGAUGGCUCGACCCUUUUGCAUAUAGCCGCUUGCUCAGGCCAUACAAAUACCGCAUUAGCAUUUUUAAAGCGAGGUGUCCCUCUUUUUAUGCCAAACAAAAAAGGAGCAUUGGGUCUUCAUUCGGCCGCAGCUGCCGGGUUCAACGAUGUUGUCAAGAUGUUAAUAUCGAAAGGGACAAAUGUUGAUAUUCGAACAAAGGAUAACUACACGGCAUUACACGUGGCUGUUCAGUCUGGGAAAGCAAGCGUUGUUGAGACCCUGCUCGGUUCCGGCGCUGAUGUCCAUGUCCGAGGAGGAGAUCUAGGCCAGACAGCUUUACAUAUAGCUGCCUCCCUCAACGGAGCUGAAGCCCGUGAGUGCGCGAUGAUGCUAUUGAAAAGUGAACUUUUAAUUGAUAGGUUGCUACUUUCGGAACAAGCCGAUGUUUUGCUGCCAUCAAAUGCUGGGGAGACGCCAUUGCAUGUGGCCGCAAUCAGUUGCAAUUAUGAAGCUGCAAAUUUGAUUUUAUCCCAUCUAGCCGAGAAAAUGGAUGCCCAAUCCAUCAAAGAUUAUGUUAAUAUGAAAACAGCGGAUGGCCUUACCGCCGUUCACUAUGCAGCUGAAAUACUCCCAGAUCAACUACAUUUCCCCGGCGAAGAUGCUAAACUAAUCAACCUACUGAUCGAUCAUGGCGGACAGCCCGAAAUCCAAUCCUUAAACACCCAAGAAACUGCAAUGCAUAUGGCGGCUAGAUCCGGCAAUCAGGCCGUCCUCCUCGCUAUGGUCAACAAAAUCGGAGCCGGUGCCGUGCAGAUCGUCCAGAAUAAACAGAACAAGAACGGAUGGUCCCCACUUCUCGAAGCAUGCGCGAGAGGGCAUGUUGGAGUUGCACAAAUUUUGUUGCAACAUCAUGCUCGUAUUGACGUUUUCGACGAAAAUGGGCGAACAGCUUUGCAUCUGGCGGCUGCCAAUGGGCAUCUACAGCUGUGUCAUCUGCUUCUUCAGCAUAAGGCUUUUGUGAAUAGCAAGUCGAAAACUGGAGAAGCCCCUCUGCAUUUGGCUGCAAUGAAUGGGCAUGUGAAAGUGGUGAAUGUGUUGAUUCAAGAUCAUGGCGCUGCACAGGAAGCCAUUACUCUGGAUAAUCAGACUGCCCUCCACUUUGCUGCCAGACACGGCCAACUUGCCGUCGCGCAGACGCUAUUGGCUUUGGGGGCAAAUCCGAAUGCGAGGGAUGACAAGGGGCAGACACCAUUACACCUAGCUGCCGAGAAUGACUAUCCUGAUGUGGUGAAAUUAUUCUUGAAAAUGAAGCAAAACAAUCGUGCCGUGCUCACGGCAAUUGAUCACAAUGGUUUUACAUGUGCUCACAUUGCUGCCAUGAAGGGAUCCCUUGCUGUGGUCCGAGAGCUGAUGAUGAUCGAUAAAGCUAUGGUCAUCCAGGCAAAAACAAAAACCAUGGAAGCAACCACUUUGCAUAUGGCAGCUGCCGGAGGGCAUGCAAACAUCGUCAAAAUUCUUUUGGAAAAUGGGGCCAGCGCUGAAGACGAAAACGCUCAUGGCAUGACAGCAUUGCAUUUGGGAGCCAAAAACGGCUACGUUUCUAUACUAGAAGCCUUUGAUCAUCAUUUAUGGAAAAAAUGCUCAAAAGAAGGGAAUUCCGACUUUGUUAAUGAAAUGCUAAAACAUGUGCCGGCCAGUAUACGAUCGGAGCCUCCAAUCUAUAAUCAUUUGGUUGUUAAGGAAUUUGCGACCGAGUAUGGCUUCACUCCACUACAUUUGGCCGCCCAAUCCGGACAUGACGCUUUAGUACGGAUGCUGCUCAAUCAAGGGGUUCAAGUGGAUGCAACCUCUACAACUAUGAACGUUAUUCCCCUCCAUUUGGCUGCUCAACAAGGCCAUAUCGCUGUUGUGGGAAUGUUGUUGAGUAGAAGUACACAGCAGCAACAUUCAAAGGAUUGGCGUGGCCGGACACCCCUCCAUCUGGCUGCUAUGAACGGCCACUACGAGAUGGUGUCGCUCCUAAUUGCCCAGGGUAGCAAUAUCAACGUGAUGGACCAAAACGGGUGGACCGGAUUGCACUACGCUACAAAAGCCGGUCAUCUGAAUGUGGUCAAAUUGUUCAUCAAAAGUUCGGCCGAUCCGCUGGCUGAGACAAAGGAGGGGAAGGUCCCACUUUGCUUCGCCGCCGCCCACAACCAUGUCGACUGCCUUGCUUUCCUCCUCAAACAAAAACACGACACCCAUCAAUUAAUGGAAGACCGACGAUUUGUUUUUGACCUAAUGGUAUGCGGAAAAGCGCACAAAAACGAACCACUUCAAGAAUUCAUCCUCCAAAGCCCAGCCCCAAUUGAGACGGCCGUCAAAUUGAGUAGCCUCUAUAGAGAUAUGAGUGAAAAGGAAAAAGAACGAGCACGUGAUCUGUAUAAUGUGGCUGUUUUUGCCGAGAACAUGGCUGUGGAAUUGCUUGGACUAACCGCACAGGAAUAUGACUCUGCGUUAUUGUUAAAAGCAAAGGAUAAUCGUGGAAAGCCGCUUUUGGAUGUGUUGAUUGAGAACGAGCAGAAAGAAGUCGUUUCCUACGCAUCCGUUCAGAGGUAUCUUACGGAAAUCUGGACUGCACGUGUGGAUUGGUCUUUUGGAAAAACGAUUGCAUUUUCUUUCCUUGUCCUGUUCUGUCCGCCCGCAUGGUUUUACUUUUCUUUGCCACUUGAUAGCCGGAUUGGCCGUGCCCCAAUCAUCAAAUUCGUAUGCCACAUCGUUUCCCACGUGUACUUUACUGUACUAUUGACAACGGUUGUUCUGAAUAUUACGCAUAAGAUGUAUGAGGUGACGUCAAUAAUCCCAAAUCCGGUGGAAUGGCUUUUGCUGCUAUGGCUAUCCGGGAAUCUGGUGUCCGAGUUGUCAAAUGUUGGAGGUGGAUCUGGGUUGGGUAUUGUAAAGGUGAUGAUCCUGAUGCUAUCCGCGGCAGCUGCAGCAAUUCAUGUAUUAGCAUUUUUAUUGCCAGCUAUUGUAAUGACGCACUUGGAUAGCGAAGAAAAACUGCACUUUGCACGAACGAUGUUGUAUUUAAAAAAUCAACUCUUCGCGUUUGCAUUACUAUUCGCCUUCGUCCAAUACCUCGACUUCCUUACCGUACACCACCUCUUCGGACCAUGGGCUAUCAUUAUUCGUGAUCUGAUGUACGAUUUGGCGCGGUUUCUGGUCAUCUUGCUGCUUUUCAUCGCCGGCUUCACCCUGCACGUCACCAGCAUUUUUCAGCCAGCCUACCAACCAAUGGAUGAUGAUUCUGCGGAAUUGAUGCGACUCUCAUCCCCAGAACAAACCCUCGAAAUGCUAUUUUUCUCGCUUUUCGGAUUAGUUGAACCCGAUUCAAUGCCGCCUCUACAUUUGGUGCCCGAUUUUGGCAAGAUUAUACUAAAGCUCGUCUUCGGUAUCUAUCUGCUCGUGACGUUGAUCGUGUUGAUCAAUCUGUUGAUUGCUAUGAUGUCUGAUACUUACCAGCGGAUUCAAGCACAAUCGGAUAAGGAAUGGAAGUUUGGACGUGCCAUCUUGAUUCGACAAAUGAAUAAACGUUCGGCGACGCCAUCCCCGAUCAAUAUGUUAACAAAAUUGUGGAUGGUAUUGAAAGUGGCAUGGCGAAAUCGACUCCGUGUCUGUACCCAAAAAGCUCAAUCUGAUUUGCGCUAUGAGGAAAAUAUCGAUGCCUAUUCGAUGGGUGGUGGAGCCAUGGGAAGAGGGGAUGGCAUGAGGGACGAUGAUGAUGAUGGACGAGCCGAGGAAUUGGGCGCUUCUUCAUCUUGGAAUAUCGAAACGGUGAUCGACUGGCGUCGAAUUGUCGGUCUCUAUUACCAUGCAAAUGCCAAGGAAAUCGAGGAAGAAGACGAACAACCAAUUCUUCAGGCACCAGAACGA